UACCUAAUUAUCUUUGAUCCGAACAGCAGUUUUUCACGCGUUCGAACGAUUAUUAUUUUAUUAAUAAUUACUAUAGUAGGUAGUUUACAAAACAUUACAUCAUCUCAUUCAUUUCAUUUCAAUAUUUCGAAUUGGACGAACUGGUACGUCGUCGAAUUUCUGGUUGGAAUUCCUGUGCAUCACGCACUAUCCACCAAUAGUCGACUGUACGACACCGUUUUUACGCCUAAGUCUUUCUGUUGUCACUAUGAUCAAGUCGAAGGCAUUGCUGUCCAGGACGUGCUUGUUUAAAGAGAGCCGAACGGCUUCGGAAUGUCGCCGGUCGUUGAGCACCAAAUUGGAACCCAUCAAAAUGUCGUUUACAUCGUACGAGUCGGCUGCAGAUGGUGGACAAAAACCGCCGAUCAUCAUCAUGCAUGGUCUGUUUGGCUGCAAGUCCAAUUGGAAUAGUUUGUCCAAAACCCUCCACAAUAUGACCCGCAGAAAAGUAAUCACUGUUGAUGCAAGAAAUCAUGGUGACUCACCUCAUACUUUAGAGCAAUCGUAUCAACUUAUGGCUGAAGACGUAAAAUUUUUAAUGGAAGAUUUAGGUGUAAAAAAAGCUUCAUUAAUUGGUCACAGCAUGGGUGGUAGAACAAUGAUGUACUUAGCAGUCAUCUAUCCUGAACUUGUGGAAUCCUUAAUACCAGUUGAUAUAUCACCAAUCAACAGCAAAGAAGUGAGUGAUAUCCAAAGUGUUAUAGAUGUUUUAAGAGGUGUUAAUUUAGAUAUUAAUGGACCUAUAUCUAAAGUUCGAAAAUUGGCAGAUGAACAUAUGAAAAGUUCUAUAGAGAGUCCAAUACUUCGACAGUUCCUCCUAACCAAUCUUAUUGAAGUGAACAAAAAAUAUAAAUGGCGAAUAAAUUUAGAAUCCAUCAAUGUGAAUUUUAAAAACAAUAUUGCUGUGUUUCCGCCUGUGCAAUCAACAUUUGAUGGUCAAACAUAUUUCAUUGGAGGCGGAGAUUCAGUUUUCUUGAAGCCGUCAGAUCACGAGGCCAUUAAACAGAUAUUCCCUUCAGCUAAAUUUGAAUAUAUAGCUGGUGCUGGUCAUUGGUUACAUGCUGAAAAACCACACGAGUUUUUGAAAUUAGUUUCACAAUUUUUAGCUACUGUAUAGACAUAUAAUUUUAAUAUUGUAACAUGUUGAAUAGAUUUUGUAUUCAAAUUAAAACUUGCAAAUGUUACCUAAUUAUGGUAGGUAUAACAUGCUCUGUAAAAAAAUAGAAUUGUUUGUUCAUUCAAACUUUUAAGUCUGAAAAAUUAUUAACUUUAUAGUAAAAUUUGUUAUUUAAGAAUUUCAAUUAUAUUUUCCUUUGAUAAAUAUUAUUGUUAUGAUUA